GCAGUUCUACGGAAUGGCUCUCGUUAGUUUGGACUGAAAUAGAAAUGGAUGUGAUUCGAACAUGAUAUAUAAGACAUUUAGUCUGAACAAUUGAGAGUUAUUCUUAACAUGACUCUUGUUUAAAUGAAAUAGAUAAAUAAGAUAUUAUAAGUGAGAGCAGAUUUUAUAGAGUGUCAAUUUUUUAUAUGUGUUUGGAAUAAUUAUACAUACUAAAGGCAUAAAGAUGGCGGACGACAUUUACAGCUUCAUCAAUACCAGUAUGUCGAACCUAAUCACCAACAGGAAUGGAGGUGUUGAUGUCAACGCUUCUUUCUGGUCGUUUAACGCAUCUAACGGAAAUAUGACGUCUGACGUUCAAUCCGAUCCGCUUAUCUCUUUUACGGUUCCAGCGUUGAUGUUUUCGUUUGGAGUCUUUGGAAAUAUUCUGGCAAUAGUUGUUCUCCUUAGAUCUUCCAAUGAACAUAAACGGACUGUGUUUUAUCGACUGGUGGGAGCGUUAGCGUGCACGGAUCUCUUAGGAACAUGUGCAACGUCGCCGAUCACGUUAGCCGUUUACGCUAACAAGUUUAAAUGGGUGGGCGGGGACGCCCUUUGUCAAUAUGAGUCGUUUAUGCUCAUAUUUGCUGGAUAUUCAACGGUUUUCAUCAUUGGGGCUAUGGCAGUGGAUCGUUUUCUAGCCAUACUGUGCCCAUUUUUCUACGACCAACAUAUUACGAAGCGUCGAGCGGUGCUCGGUAUUUUCAGUCUUUGGGCGUUUGCUGCAUUUCUCGGACUUUUACCGAUCUUAGGACUCGGAGAAAACGUUAAACAGUUUCCUGGAACUUGGUGUUUCUUUACGUUUGUGAGUUCAGAGAUUAAAAAUCAAAUUUUCGCCUACAUGUAUGUUUCCAUAGGCUUAACAGUGAUCUCAAUGACGAUUGUGUUCAACUUUGUUGUGACGUGGACUUUAUUGAAGAUGAGACGUAAGGCCGCUAACGUCAGGCACGCUAAACGUCAGGAUAGUGAGCUACAGAUGAUGAUUUUGUUACUGGGAAUCAUUAUCAUCUUUUCAACGUGCUGGUGCCCAUUCUUGAUCCGGGUUCUUAUAAACCAGAGUCACCAACGACAAAUUGACGUCCGGGCGGACUUACACGCUUUACGUCUCGCAUCCUUCAACCAAAUUCUCGAUCCCUGGGUUUACAUUCUCUUCCGGAAAGAACUCUUUGUGCGAGUGUUCGGUUGUAUGAAGUCAAUCGUUUCGCGUGUAUGUCCUUGUAACUGCGCCAAUAAUAAUGUCGAAUUUGAAGAACGAAUGGAGAGAAGCGAAACGUUUCGAAAAACGAGUAGUCAGGUUAAAUUCAUGGAUUUAGAAAAGGACGAUGACAAGCUGGAAGAUGGCAUUGACAUUCAUGAAAUCCAAAGAACGGAGAUAAACAAUAAAGCAGACCUUAACAGCUCAGAAACCAAACGGGACCAGCGAAACCUUCAGCGAAAGACUUCCAACGGGUCCUCCAAACGAUUGCAUGGCAAAACCAAAUAUUUUACACCAGACGUUGAUGAGGAAAGUGUUCCGCUUACUGAGGUGCAUUCGUGUCAUAUAAAUCUCAAACAUUCUGCUUGCUUAUUCUGUCUGUCCAAUCAUCCAAAAAGUGUUGUGAAAAUGAACUCUCUCAAGGAGACUGGCUAUAUCGCAAAAAGCUUGGAGACUUUGAAUAAAAACGUAUUAGAAACCCCCUCUACAAAUUACCUGUCAGUUAUUCAGGAUAUGAGUAAAGUGAAAAGGGGAAGUAUUCAUAUAUCUCUAGAAGAUGUUUCUGUAACACAUCCACACGCGGAACGAGUUUGUAAUGAUCAAAUGGUUUCUUGCCAUUCUUAAAGUAUCUCUACCCCUAAACAAUAUUAGUCUUUAAGUUUGAUAGAGACUAUGGCUGAUUUAUUGACUAUAUUACAUCUUUCAGGUUUGUCUGAUACUUUGCCAAAAAUAUGAACCUCUCAUAAAUGACCAGAUCAAAGUAUUUAAAUAUUAAUGAUUAUCAAUACUUAUCAAAAACUUUUUGCAUUUCUAUAGAUGUUUUAAUGGGUAUGCGCGGGUAUGAUUGUGCAUUUCAAACUCCACAGUGUAGGUUGAUGCAAACUUUUAUUUUAACUUUCAAGCAUUAUUAUGUUCAACUCGAAAACAAUCGAAACAUAUCAUUUUUGUGUACAUAAAAAAAUACAGAAGCCUUUAUAGACGGAGUUUUCAAUUAAUAGGUAGGUUAAAAAGCGCCAAUAUAUCAGAUAUAUUUGUUCAUCUGUACACAAAGUGUAUGCUUCUUUGGUUUCAUCAUCAAUGAGUUAAGCGUGAUAAUGCUUUAAAAUUAAACAAAACGAAUCAACCUUUUUUGUGCCCUUUAUUUUACACUUGCUUAAAUCAAAUCGUAUGUUGUUUGUUUUGUUUUGAUCAUCAAAUUUUAACGAAAUUUAAUGAUAAUUAACUUAAAAGAAAAUUGAGACAAUCCAUAUCAUACCUCUUUAAUGUUUAUUAUUGUUCCCACUUUAA